AUUGAUACUCUCUUAUAUUCUUCUCAAGAUAUUGAUGAGUGUAAUAUUGAAAAUGGAGGUUGCAAGCAAACCUGUCACAAUACUGCUGGAAGUUAUUCCUGUGUUUGUGAUAUGGGCUUUACUUUAGAUCUUCAUGAUAACUGCAUAGAUAUUAAUGAAUGUGAUACUAGUAAUGGAGGAUGUGACCAGUCUUGUCACAAUACAUUUGGUAGCUAUUACUGUACAUGCAACAACAGCUACUCACUCAAUGCUGACUAUCAUACUUGUGAUGAUAUUGAUGAGUGUGUCUAUGGUACUCAUGGUUGUAAUCAGAACUGUACUAAUACUAAUGGAUCUUAUCUUUGUUACUGUAUGACUGGUUAUCAUCUUAUGGACAAUCAAAAAACAUGCACUGAUACAAAUGAGUGUCUUUUGAGUAAUGGUGGUUGUUCUCAGUUGUGUACUAAUACUAUUGGUAGCUAUCAGUGUAACUGUAGGAAUGGAUAUCAGCUAAGUGAUAAUGAAAUUGAUUGUGAUGAUAUUAAUGAGUGUAUUAAUGGCACUCAUCUAUGUGAACACAACUGUUAUAAUACUAAUGGUAGUUAUGUCUGUGAUUGUGAACCAGGCUACCAAUUAUCAAAUGGACUAACAUGUUCUGAUAUUAAUGAAUGUGAUACUAAUAAUGGAGGGUGUACUCAAGUGUGUGUUAAUCAAGUUGGAUCAUAUUAUUGUCAGUGUAACAAUGGAUAUACUCUUGAUGAUGAUACUCAUGGGUGUUCAGGAUACAGACUAGGCAAUAAUAAUAAAACUUGUGAUGAUAUUAAUGAGUGUUCUGAAGGACUGUCAAGUUGUAAUCAGUUGUGUAUUAAUACUAUUGGAAGUUAUGAUUGUGAUUGUUAUGCUGGAUUUGAUUUGAAGAGUGACAACAAAACAUGUCUAGAUAUCAAUGAGUGUACUGGUGAUAAUAGAGGUUGUUCUGAUUCAUGCACUAACACAAUUGGUAGUUAUUAUUGUUCUUGUAAUUCUGGUUACUCACUGAACAGUGACAAGCAUAAUUGCACGGGUAUGUUUAGCUACUACUGA